UUUCGAUGGCUGACCAGGUCGACCACGGCCACGAGUUUACCAUUUGGCAGCGACGCGGCGAGGACGCCGCUGCUCCAGUCUUUGGAAGGUAUCGGGAAUCCUGGCUUGUCUCCCAGCGACAAUGGCGACCCGCUGGGAGAUGCAUCUUAUUCUUAA